AUGGAAACAAGGGCUACCAGGAAUGCCAUUUUGGAUAAGAAGCAGCUGUGGGAAAUCCCUGUUCCUUAUGUAUUAGAAGACAGUCUUGAUAUGAAUGCUAAAGGAAUCAUUCUCCAGGCUUUUGAGCAUUUCCGAUUGAAGUCAUGUAUUGAUUUUAAGCCCAGAGACUCCGAGGAAUACUACCUUUCAGUCAGAAGCAAUAACGGGUGUUAUUCUUAUGUUUCAAGGAUUAUUAAAAGUGGCCAAGUUGUUUCGAUCGGUCGGCGAUGUGAUCAUCUUGGCAUAGUAGAGCAUGAGUUUCUCCAUGCUCUGGGCUUUUUUCAUGAACAAUCAAGAUAUGACAGAGAUGACUACAUAACCAUUAUUUGGAAAAACAUCAUGGACGGACACCAGAGUAAUUUCCAGAAAUUAUCCCCGAAAUCUAGUACAACAUUUAAUGCUCCAUAUGACUACUUAUCAGUAUUGCACUACGGCCAGAAUUACUUCUCCAAAAACUCAGGAAUGACAAUUGCCACUAAGUUACCGCAGUACCAGGACAAAAUUGGCCAGAGAAUGGAAAUGAGCCACACUGAUGUCUAUAAGUUGAAUCGCCUUUAUAACUGCAAUGCAUCAGUUUCUUUUAUGGAGCAUUGCUCCUUCUCCGAGGUUGACAUCUGUGGGAUGAGCUAUUGUGAAAAAGGCUUGACCAAAGGUUGGAAGAGAAUGAGCUCUGCUGCUGGAGGGCCUUUUACUGACCACACCAGCCUUGACAAGAUGGGGGGUAAAGCUCCUAACACUAACUUUCUGAAGAUUUGUUAUUUCAUGCAUGUUAGCACAUCAUCUGGCCAGGAGGGAGACUCAGCCUGGCUGGAGACCGACAAGAUGAGCCCCACCAGGAAGUGUUAUGUACAGUGUCUCCAGUUCUUCUACUACCACAGUGGGAGCGAGUCAGACCAGCUCAACAUCUGGAUCAGGGAGUUCCAGGAUGAGAGGGACUCUACAGGAAAUCUCCGCCUCAUGGGUCAGAUCACUGGUGAACCAACCUUUGAUUGGCAGUUUUACAAGGUUCCCCUGAAUGCUGCUAAGCCUUUCCAGGUUGUGUUUGAGGUGCGUAAGGGAAAUGAAGACUCUUUGGGAGGCUUUUCCAUUGAUGACAUCAACCUAUCUGAGUCUGAGUGUCCACAUCAAGUAUGGCAAGUCAAGAACUUUGAGAGGCUUUUGACAAACACUGACUACAACACUUAUCUGUACGGCCCUCGGGUGUAUUCUACAGAAGGUUAUGCUUACCAGAUGGUUAUUGCUUUGCGGGAAACGUUUUUUGGAGUUUAUUUUCGUUUAGUGUCGGGUGACCAUGAUUCAACACUUGAAUGGCCUUGCCCAUGGAGACAGAUUACCUUCAUCAUGUUGGAUCAGAACCCUCACAUUCAAGAACAGAUGUCCUAUCAGAUCACUUUGACCACUGAUCCAUCAUACACCGCAUUUGACAACCCUCAUACAGAGGGAAGACGAAGUAGAGUGAAAGAAGAAUCUGUUUAUGUGAACCCAGCUCAAGGUGUGAGAUCAUUUAUUUCCCUGGAGGAACUUAAGAGCCGAGACUUCCUGAAGGGGGGCACUGCUGUCUUCCUCUUUUCAAUGAAAGGUUUGCUAUCAUGA